GCAAAGUACUUACCUUGAAUUCAUACAGUAAAUUUAUCCAUCUGUAUAAGGGCUAAAGUGACUUAACAUAGUAAAUCGACUUUUAUUGUUCAGCCUCGGCAGCUGAAUGAAAAUGCAGUAAGUAAAACAAUAAUGCCAAGCGCUACAGCAGCAGUAGCGGGGAGGGUGUUUCAGGGGCCCUGGGUCACGUGACUAGAAAGAGGGCUAAUCACAUGAUCUCCUCCCAGCGCUCCGACCGUCAUGGGUGCAACCGGCUCUCCACCAGUGCUUCUCUUCCUUUCUUUUUUAAAUGUACUCUCUGCUUAUGCCUUUUUUGGCGGAGGCGACAUGUAUCACCGGCAGGUGUCCAUGGAGUUCAAUCCGGGCUUUAACAGCUCGCAGACUCCGCCCCUCUCUGUGAACUUGUUGCACGUGAGGGCGCGUGGAGAGAACGACACCCUGCAUUUCCUCUUGUGCAGCCAGGGGGCGCCUGCCCUGCUGGUGGUCCACACCAACACCAGCUCUUCCUCUGUGAAGGUGGACUGGUCCCGGUUUCUCUCGGACGACGUCUCGGGCAGCGUGAAGGUGGAACCGAAAGGCAGCGUUCGCUACAGCAGUGCGCUCGUCUUCAGCAGAUUGUGGGAGUAUGACGACGUCAAUGACACAGCAGACCCUGCAAAAUUGCCUCCCUCCAGCUUUUUCCCUCCAUACGAGCUGCAGAACUUCACCUGGGGGGAUCUCAACAGAACCACCAAUCAGAUAGCCCACAGAGCCAAGCUUUGCGGAAGCGAUGGCUCUGAAAGGUUCUUCAACGGCUCCUUCUGCCUCGGGUUUUCCGCAUUUGAGUCAGAGGGCCGAGAUGGAAGCUGGCCUCGCCUCCUGUACAAUGCUAACUCCUCUCAGCUCAAGUUCUGGCUGGAGGGCGUGAAGGAGAGGUCAAACUUCUCUCGCUUCUUGCUGGAGUUGCAGUAUGUUGGGAGCAGCAACCUCCCCAGCCGCGUGGAAACGCUGCGGUCCAUCGACGACGAGUAUACACCCUCCAUCUUCCAGGUAUCUCAGUGGGUGUCUUCUCCCCCUAAUGCUACGACUCCAAUUCUUGGAUAUGUUCAGUGGAAGCCUGUGGCCUACCGGAAGGCUACUCCAGCUCUUGUAGAUGCCACACCUUGCCGGCACUCCACCCCGCUGCUAAUGGAGCAGCUGCCUCCCUCAGGCCUGGUGCUGGCAUACUUUGGCAAAGGUUAUGAGGCCAGUGGACUCAAUAUGACUUUCAGUAUUGCAGGAGAUCCCUUCUACAACACUACCCACUACCUCAGCUGGAGUAUGUUAGUGGGUCUAGGCUCGCCUCCCACAGAGUCCUUCUCGCCCUUGGUUAUAACCAUCAUGGCGCUCGGACUGGGCAUUCCUCUGCUUUUAAUCCUCCUGGGUGCAAUUUGCGUGUGCAUCCAAAAGCAGAGGUCUGGUCCUCGUGGAUACGUACCAAUCAACUGACAGCGAGUGUCUUGCCCUGCUGAUUGAGUGUGCCACUCUUCUCUUGGAGUAACAGCCCUCAGAAUGAUCCUUACUACUGAUAAAUGACACAGGUGCAUUUGCCUGUGGAUGCACUCCCUCAGUAUCACAUGGACCUGUCUGAGGAGUGCAAAUUUACUCAAUUGUGUAAGACCGUGAACAGUGCAGCAUCUUCUGCCCGCUUUCAGAUAAACAUCUGAAAUUGGAGCACUACGGUAUGUCAAUCUAUCAGUAGUGUUCAAAUCUGCUAGUGUGUAUAAUGUAAUUCCACCUCCUUUUCCUGUAAACUUCUAAAAGGCUUAGAACCAUUAACACACCUGCGCUGGCUGAAGACUGCACAAUUCUGUAAAAGACUGACUGGCUAUUUUUAAGAGGUACUGAAAAAGAGGGGAAAUGUAUCAACUACAUGCAGAUUGUACAGUUUGCUACUUCAGUCUGACAGUAAUGGAGUACUAGAAGUUCCUCUAAAAAUAUCCCCUCCACACCAUGAAAUGGAAAGGGGAAAAAUAGUUUAAGGGUUAUUCUGGCAGAAAGAAGAUCAGAGCUGUCCAGGUCAGAAAAAAAAGCAUGGUUUACAAAUGAACCACUUACCUCGCAAAAUGGUGUAUUUUAAGGCUUCCCUUAAAUUGUUUAUACUGUACUCUUGAAUGAAUAAACUGAACUUUUGGCUGAUGCCUUAAAUACUAUACAUUUGUUCUAAGGUACAAAUUAA